AUGCAGCUCAGCUACGCAAGUGCUGCGCUUAUUCUGGCUGCCUGCAGCCUGUGGGUCAGUGCUGGUCACGGCUGCCAGACCAUCGAACAGCGGUUCAAGUUUGCUAACAGCGACAUUUAUGUGAGAUUGCGGCGCGGUACCAAGCUGCAGUAUGAGCUGAUGAAGGGAAGCAAAACGCUGCAGACGGUCACCUUGGAUAACUUUGUGAGCAGCAGCAAUCUGGAGGCGACAUCCACCGGCAGCUACAAGCUGAGCGAUGGCAGCAGUAGCAUUGAAUUUAGCCUAGUUCAAUCCACCGGUGGCGUGACCCAUGUACGUGUGGCUCGCGACCAGGUGCUAAAGGGCACUCAACCGAGGGAUUGCCUGAAGCUCAAUACGGGACGCGUCCAUUGGUUUGGCGGCUCCGAGCAGAAGCAACACUACUGGCCCGUCGAGCGCCAGCAGUAUAGCAACUUCUCCUAUGUACCCAAGGAACUGGGCAAUAUGGGCGUGGCGGAGCGCUACUGGUUCAACAGCGAGGGCUUCUUCCUGUACGUAGAUAACACGACGCCACUUUUCAUAGAUCAGAAUGCAGCCGGACUGGAGGACCAGUUGUGCAUCAGCGCGCUUAGUGCCCUGCCCUACGACACGCGCCUUUCCUCGUCCAAGUUUAGCUAUCAGCUGGGCUUCGCCAAGGAUGCGAAGGUGGCGCAUAUGUAUGCGGUGAAAACGCUGCUAGGCAUGCCCACUGGUCAUCCCGAUGAGCGUAUGGUGCAGCAUCCGGUGUGGUCAACCUGGGCGCUAUACAAGGCGGAGGUAACGGACGAAGUGGUGCGCGACUUUGCACAGCAAAUCCUUGACAAUGGCUUUGAGAACAGUCAACUGGAAAUUGACGACGACUGGGAGGAUUGCUAUGGUGCGCUGACAUUCCGCAAGAACAAGUUUCCAGAUGCCAAGAAGCUGACGGACGACCUCAAGGCGCUGGGCUUCCGGGUAACCCUGUGGAUACAUCCGUUCAUCAACAACAACUGCACGGCUAUCUACGAGACGGCCAAGGAGCAGGGCUAUCUGGUGCUCGAUCAUGCCGGCAGCGCCGACACCCAGUGGUGGAACAGUCAGCCCAAGGAUGCCGCAUAUCUCGACUUCACCAAAACCGCGGUACAAGAGUGGUUUAGCACACGCGUAAAGCGCCUACAGACGGAGGAUGGCAUUGAUAGCUUUAAGUUCGAUGCCGGCGAGUCCAGCUGGAUACCCACGGAUCCGGUGCUGCAGGGUGACUCCAAUCAAACGCCUCUGCAGAUCACCACCGAUUAUGUGCGCACUGUGGCCGCAUUUGGAGAUAUGGUUGAGGUGCGCUCCGGCCAAAAUACUCAAGACUUGCCUAUAUUUGUGCGCAUUGUCGACAAGGAUUCAGAGUGGGGCUGGAACAAUGGCCUGGUCACGCUGAUCACAUCGCUGCUGCAAAUGAAUCUGAAUGGUUAUCCGUUUGUGCUGCCGGACAUGAUUGGCGGCAAUGGCUACAACGAGAAACCGCCCACAAAGGAGCUCUUCAUUCGCUGGCUGCAGGCCAAUGUGUUCAUGCCCAGCCUGCAGUUCUCUUUUGUGCCCUGGAAUUUUGAUCAAGAGACGAUUGAGAUUAGCAAGACCUUCACCAAGUUACAUUCGGAUUACACGCCCUACAUCAUGAAGCUCUUCAAGCGUGCCACUGAAACCGGUGAACCAGUCAAUGCGCCACUCUGGUGGAUUGCGCCGGAUGAUGCAGUUGCUCAGAGCAUUUACGAUGAGUUUUUGUUGGGCGAUGACAUUAUUGCGGCUCCGGUCAUUAUGGAAAACGCAACAAUUCGUGACAUUUAUCUGCCCGAGGGCGAGUGGACAGAUGGAAACACUCAGGAUGUCUACAAGGGACCCGUGUGGCUCAUGGAAUACUCUGCACCGCUGGACACGUUACCUCAUUUUGUGCGUGUGGGCUUUCAGUUGGAGUAG